AUGAAUUUGGGUAAUGGACACGGGGAUGCGACCGCUAGCGAGCUCCUCCGAGCUCAAGCCCACAUAUGGAACCACAUUUAUAGCUUCAUCAACUCAAUGUGUCUAAAUUGUGCCAUUGAACUAGGCAUACCUGACCUAAUCCAUAACCAUGGCCGACCCAUGACCCUCCUCGAACUCGUCUCCGCACUCCAUAUUCAACCCACCAAAGCUCAUUGCAUCCAUCGCCUCAUGCGCACCCUUGUCCACUCCGGCUUCUUCGAGGUACGGGACAUUGAAGAAGCAGAUCGCCAAACUGGUUACGCGCUCACCUGUGUGUCCCGGCUCCUUGUAAAGCACAACCCCUUGAGUUUAGUGCCCUUGGCGUUGUUCGCACUCAAACCUUUCUCCACGGGCCAGUGGCUGAGCGCAUGGUUGGGGGAUGGAGAAGAUGUCCAUUCAUCAACAUUCGAGAUGGCGCAUGGCGUACCCGCGUGGGAUGCAUGGCGCAAUCCUAAGGCCAAUUGCUUGUUCAACGAGGUGAUGGCGAGCGACUCGAGUCUAAUAGCGAAGGCGGUGGUGGAUACAUGUGGGGGAGUGUUCGAGGGGCUGAGCUCGGUGGUCGACGUUGGAGGUGGGACUGGGACGAUGGGUAAGGCCAUCACGGAGGCGUUCCCACACUUGGAGUGCACCGUGUUCGAUCAACCACACGUGGUGGAUGGUUUGGUCGGAAGUGAGAGGUUGAAGUUUGUCGGAGGCGACAUGUUUGUGGAAAUUUCCCCGGCGGAUGCAAUCAUUCUCAAGUGGAUAUUACACGACUGGAGCGAUGAAAAAUGCAUUGAGAUACUGAAGCGAUGCAAAGAAGCGGUGUCAGGUCGAGGCAAGUUUGGAAAAGUCAUUAUGAUAGAUAUGGUAGUAGGCAAUCAAACAGAAGAUCAUACAUCCACCCAAACGCAACUCUUCUUUGACAUGUUGAUGAUGGUGACAUUCAACGGGAAAGAAAGGGAUGAAAAGGAAUGGAAAAAGCUGUUUGUUGAUGCUGGCUUUAGCGGUUACAAGAUUGUCUCUCACCUGGGCCUUCGAUCUCUCAUUGAGAUUUAUCCUUGA